AUGGAAUGUCAAAAGCGCAAGUUCGUGGCUGCUGCAAGUUGUGAAGGUGAAGGAGGCCGCCGAAGGAGAAUGACAGACAGAUUUAGCAAUCUUCCUGACCAAGUCGCCCACGUCAUUAUUUCGUUCCUUACCAUGGCUGACCUUGCUCGACUCAGUUAUGUGUCCAAAUGUUGGAGAGAACUUUGUCUUUCAUCUCCGGUUUUCAAUUUCAAUGAAUAUAACUGCAUAGGGAAUGCAGACAUGUGUGAUAGCAAGCUGAGGUUGUUGAAUAUUCUGGAAAGGUUCCUUUCGCUUCGUGCGGAUCAUAAGAUACAGCGCUUCCGUUUUGAUUGGCAUCUUCCCCCUCCAAAGAAUAACCAAGGCUCAUCAUCAUCAUCAUGCGGCUGUCGUGAUGUCUACUAUCGUGUGAUGUCGUGCGUCCAGAAGGUGGUGAGAUGUAACGUUGAACAGCUUGAGCUUAAUCUCCUUGGACUAGGUGAACCCAAUCUGAAUUUUCCGUCUUCCAUCUUUCUUUGUGAAUCUUUGAAGUCUCUGUCGGUCUACACAAACCGUGCGAUUCUUAGAGCCCCCUCCUCCUCCUCAUCUUUUUCCUCUAAUCUCAAAGAGUUGCAGUUGUUGAAUGUUGUUAUAGCAGAUGAUGAGGGGUUUUUCAAAUGGAUCUCAUGUUCUUGCAAAUGCAUCCGGAAAUUAGGUCUUGACCAUACGUAUAUGAUUAAAAAUCUCAAUAUUGAAAGCUCUUCUUUGGAGAGGUUAAGUCUUUCUUAUCCCCAACCUGAUCUUGACACACUUAACAUCUCCUGUGAAAAUCUUCAACUGUUAAGUAUCUCCUUAUGUCCUGAUUCACCCUGCAUGACAUCAUUGAAUAUUUUUGCACCAAAUCUUAAAAAGUUGUGGUGGGAAGGGAAUUUGAUGAAUCACCCAAAUCUCAGAAAGUUUCAAAGUUUAGAAUCUGCUGAGACUAGAGUAGAUGACUUUGAACCCUUAUCUGAAGUCUUUCACGGUUUAAGAAUCAAUGAAGUUCUUAUUCUAAAUGAAGCGGCCAUUAAGGUUAUGUUCAAGCUGGAAGGGUCGAUGCCAGUUUCAUUCAACAAUGUUCAAAGUUUGCGUAUGAAUAUUGGGUGUGUAACUGACGAGAUAGUCCCUUCAAUGGUCUCUGUUCUUAGAGGAAUGCCUUACUUGCGUAUCUUAUACAUAAAGCGUUGCCCACCUUUUCAUGAACUUGAAUCUAAUAAAUGCGGAUUUGAUAUAGGAUACUGGAAACUGCAAAACCUUGGAUUUAUUAAUCGACUUGAAUUCUUCAGCAUAGAGAUUUUAGACUGGUACAAUGUAGUUGAAUUAGCAAGGUACGUACUCGAGUGUGCUCAGAAAUUGAAGAAAGGUGUCAUAAUUUGUUCAGCUCAAAAUUUGGAGGAAGUUAAGCGGAAAUUAGAGAAAUGCAAAAUGAUUUCCACGGCUGCAAUUGUCUUUAAGGAAAGACCCAAAAGUGAACGAAGACUGCUCUUUUAA